AUGGGUGUUUUCUAUAUUUCCAAUAAUGGAGCGUCAACCUUUUCAAAUAUUUUACAAAUCCUCGGUCUCUACGUCGCCCACUGCCUUAUGCCUGCGAUUCUCUUGAUAGCAACACCUAAAGGGUCAAUUCUUCGAUAUUUUUCGAUCCCAUGCUCAAUUUUCAUUGUCCACCGUGCUAUACCAGUGGCCACAGCGCUAGGUCCAGGAUAUGUCUGGUGUGAAUGCGGUCGACUAUUCUUGACAAUCAUCUUCCAAUGCCUAAAUCUGCUGUUGAUCAAUCCAAAAGAUGGCGACGAUCUACCAUCAGGAGAUUGCCAAACCUUUGGGACUCGACUGUACUCCGCAACUCGUCUUUUUACUGAUCCUCGAGGGAUCAACACCCCGUGGCAAAUAAAAAAUGCCCCUCCACAACCAGGGUAUUACAAACGAUGGGGCCCCAAAGAGCCUCCUCGUCGUCAAUUUCUCAUUCGCCAGAUAUUAAUCGUCAUUUGGCAAUAUUUAACCCUAGAUGUUUUUGCUACCCUUGCGUUGCAACAGGCGUUAGAGCAAAGCGGAACAUUGCCACCAGUGCCUCAAUGGGAUAUCUCCACCGAACAGUGGGUUGAACGCAUCAUAUCGAACCUCAUGGCUGGGUUUGUGGUCAGCCGGAUUCUCAUUGACUUCCAUCACCGAACAUUCUCAAUAAUUCUCGUAGGACUUGGCCUCGACUCCCCUGCGAAUUGCCCUCCAUUGUUUGGAAGAGCAAUUGAUGCCGAUACAGUACGGGGUUUUUGGGCUAAAUUUUGGCACCAAUUACUACAACAGCCCCUGACCACUGUGAGUGGAUUCAUCACUCAAGACCUCUUAGGCCUGCCAUCAAAAUCUCUAGUGCAACGAUACACAAAUGUCUUCUUUGUUUUCUUCUUUUCUGGUGGCCUGCACGUCGUACUCGAUGUUGUGCAGGGAAUUCCAGCACGAGAAUCUGGAGCCAUGUUGUUUUUCGCCACGGCCCCUCUGGGCCUCAUGAUUGAAGACGGCAUCAAAUUCGGCUGGAGAUACGUUUCAAAGUCGGAGGCCUCAAGCCAAAAAGGCAUUAAACCGCUAUGGCAAAGGGUUCUUGGCUUCUCAUGGUCUAUGGCAUGGCUCGGGGUCACAUCCACUGGGUUCUUUUACCCACAAGUGGUUAGGCCACAAAACCAGGCUCUGGUUCCAUUUUCUGUGGCAAGUCAUAUCGGAUUGCCCGUACAGGCAGUACUGGUUCUGGGCGGCGGUGCUGUGCUAGCAAAGGUGUUCGAGGUUGAGGUCUAA